AUGGCUCCUGAGGUAAACCAUGGAACUGUAGCGUUAGUUAAGGGAGACGAGUAUGGUUAAAAGCAUUAUUUAGGGGAAGAUGUUUUAAAAUUUUGGGGAGAUGGGAAAAUAUUGGAUUUGGGGUUGUUAAAAACUAAAAUAUAAAGUGAACAAUUAGUAGACAAUUACCAGAGUCCACCGCCAUAACAAGGUGCCUCUGAUCCCAUUAGCAGACUAACCCAUUCUACCCUAUAUCAACAUCAUUUUUCCAAAAACACAACCAUAAUGCCCCCCUUAAGCCCUGUGAACCAAGUGUCUAAAUCAGUAUCUCGUGUAGCUGCUUGGUCAAUAUCUAUUUUAUCCCAGAUCUAGGACACAUUUCAGAACCAUCAUCCAAAAUAUACGUUGAAAAAUUUGAUAGGGCUGUAACAAGGACAGCUGAAUUAUAUCCUGUUAGGGUAGUUUCUGCUUUUUUACUUACUGAAUCAGCGCUGAUAAUUAACGCUAAAACAAAUCUUUCUACGGGCUUUUAAAUAUGGUGUUUUUCUUGUACGAGAUAUAUAUGUUACAGGUCAAAUUUGGUUUCAGGUUAAUUUUGAUCCCGGGGAGGGGGGGGGGAUACUCCUGGAAAUUCUUGGUGGGGGUGUGCAGCCCUGUUCUCCAAAUCCUGACCUGAUUUCAGAGUAAAAGUGUUAUUUUCCGCUCCUGUUUUUCAGACCAGACCUCCAAAAUCCCUACUCGUUUUCAGACCUGGUCUUUAGGCGGAAAUUAUGUUAUAAUAACUUAGAUGUGAGCGCAAACAAACAAAUUCUUCAUUCAUUUCGAAUUCGCAUAUUCUCUUUCUUUUCUUACUCAUUGCAUUUGGAAUUGAAACGAUAAAUACGUUCUUACGCUGCUGCAGUUCCUUCGAAAACCACACUCGAUUCCAGACCAGACCGGGAUUUUGCUUUGACCUAGCUUGGUUAAAUCUCAAUUUUCUUUGUAUCUCGCCCUAAUUCAAUGAAUAAUUAGGGCUAGGAAACAAAGGAAAUAGGGAUCAACCUACGUUGAAUAAAUUUAACGUGAAUAUAAUUUUGACCUGUAACAUAUAUACUAAUGUUACCUACACUGGAAGAAGGAAGAGCUGCAUGUUCAGUUUCCACAAAGCUAACAAUACGUGACAUGAUCCACUCGUUGAAAAAAUUACAAACCUUGUAGUAAGAUCUUUCGCUUAGGAGAAUUUCGGCUUGUUUUCAGGAAAUAACAUCUUCUCGUGCUGAUGUUAGCUUAUUGCAAGGUGUUAUUUGUUGCAGAUUAUUUUACAGGACCCAUACGACGCAUGCGUGGAUUGGUGGGCUCUUGGAGUCAUGGUGUUUACAAUGCUCACUGGAAUGGUUUGUAUUUCAAAUGUUAUUUCAGUUAUUUUGUUCUUAACACGAAAAAAGGUGAAACUGAACUUAGACUAUGAUGAUGGUAACCUACUUAGUUGACAAUGUUAUCCUUUGUGUUUACAUUUUAGAUGCCGUUUGAUGCUGAAUCGGAGGAUGAGUUAUUUGAUUUGAUCGUAUAUGACUACCCACAGAAACCGGACAAAAACAAUGUCUGAGCUGUCCAUUGACGCCACUGAAUUAUUCUUACACGUAAGUGUCAAAUACAUAAAUCAUACAUGAAAGGUUAUAUUCCCUUCAUUUUUACAUGUACCCAAAUUAUUGAUUGCCAGUCGAUAACAAUAGAGGCAAGACUUAGCGAAAAAAAAUCCAAAGAUUGACUCCCCUACUCCCGGGGUAACUGCUCCCCAUAACGGAUUAUACGGAAAGGCUUCGCCAGAAAGGGUUUCCUUUUUAGGAUUCAGGUAUAUUGAAGGGUAGAGAAAUCUUUUUUAUGUUCGAAUGAGUGAAGAAACAAAUAUGACUAGACUAAAACUAGGUCAACGUUAACUUCUGUUACGAAGUAGCAUAAAAGACGUAGCAUUUCAUGAUCAAUAAACAAAGAUCUCUGAGUUGAGAAUAAAUACCGAUAUUACAAGACAUAUCCAUUUUUGGAUGUUUUCAGUUACUAGAGAAAUAUCCGCAAGACCGUCUCGGGUAUAAAGGAGGCGAUUACCCCUGGAUCAGAGGUCAUGCUUUCUUUCACGGCUUUGACUGGAACAGACUGGAGGCAUUGGAACUCGACCGCCCACCUUAA